CACGCACGCGCAGAGUUACCGGCUUUACAGCUGAGGAAAAGCUGCCUGACUGCUGGAAGAGAAGCACAGGAGCCGAUUUACAGAACAGUUAAAACCACGACUUCAUAAAGAUUUUCUGAAUCAAAAUGGGCUUGACCAUUUCCUCACUUUUUGGGAGGCUUUUCGGAAAGAAGCAAAUGAGAAUACUUAUGGUGGGUUUGGAUGCAGCAGGUAAAACCACAAUACUGUACAAGUUGAAGCUGGGAGAAAUAGUGACAACAAUUCCUACCAUAGGUUUUAAUGUGGAGACUGUCGAAUAUAAGAACAUCUGCUUCACUGUCUGGGAUGUUGGUGGCCAGGAUAAGAUUCGUCCACUUUGGAGACAUUACUUCCAGAACACUCAGGGUCUGAUCUUUGUGGUGGACAGCAACGACAGAGAGAGAGUAGCUGAGUCAGCUGAGGAGCUCUCCAAAAUGUUGCAAGAAGAUGAACUGAGGGACGCUGUGCUGCUGGUGUUCGCAAACAAACAGGAUCUGCCUAACGCCAUGGCAGUCAGCGAACUUACAGACAAAUUGGGCCUGCAGAGUCUACGUAGCAGAACGUGGUAUGUUCAGGCUACCUGUGCUACACAAGGCACUGGGCUCUACGAAGGACUAGACUGGUUAUCCAAUGAGCUGUCCAAACGCUAGUGCCUGUGGCCUGAAGAAAAAAAGCGGUGUCUGAAUUUGAGAAAGAAAGAUAACAUUAAUCUAUAGACUCUGUUCUAAAGAGUGUGUGCGUGUAAGAGUGAGCGAGCGAGUGAAUGAGUGAUGUGAAGGGUGAUGAGGAGCCAACAAUUAUCAUGUCUUAUCUUUACUUUUCUAUUCUUUAUUCCGGAUCUAUUCCACUUAUUUCUUCAGAACCUCAUUUUUUUUAUAUGGAUUGUGCUUUAAAUUGCAUGUUCACUUGAUAACUGUGACAGCAUUAUGGAAACAGUGGGGCUAACUGAAAAAAAUCAGAAUAUAGGACACUCCCUUAGUUUUUGUGAAGUGUAACUGAUCUCUGUUGAUUAAAUUAAGCCACUCUGCACCUACGCUCCCCCCCAAGAUUCCACAGUUUGGUGCUUCCUGUGCUAACAUACUGCACAUGCUUUCUGUACAGCUUUGUCCCCAACAGACAUUCAAAUCAUUAAUGUACAUUAAAACAGCCCACCCUUUCAAUUUAACAUAUCUGCGUAUGUGUCUGUACUGUUAUUCUCUCUGCGAAGGUACAUGCUUCUGUAAAUGUUUCAGGCUAACACAUAGGACGUGACUUGAAGAUUCUUAAUGUCCAAAAAGUCUCUUUCACACAAAUAGUGUUGGAACAAAAUUUGGUCUCUGUUUCAGAUAGUUCACUAUGAUGCCUUCUCAUUCAGUCUUAACCUUGUAAUUCUGAAGGCCUUGAUUAGUUGAUUAGUUGUAUUUCAAACUUUUACUGUCAUAAAAAGUGCAUUCAAGAUGUGAAGGAAGCUACUUUCUGUUUCAUAGAAAUUAACCCUUUCAUGUAAGUCAAGGCCAUAUUCAGAGGCACAAUCAUGCAAGGUUGCACACUGGGAAUAUUUUUAAUGGAAAACAGGCACCUUGUGUUUGACCAUGAGCGAGAUGGGAGCACCUUCUCUAUGUAGUUAAUGCAGCAUGCUCCUGCCUUCCACACUGUUGCCUGUAUAGGUGUUUGGCUAUGAAUCUAGCACAGUGCAAUAAGGUUCCUCUCACCUGUGGUUUACUCUUUUUCUUAAAUGAUGUGCGUUAAGGAGAUGUGAAGGUGACACAUACACAGUGACAAGCAGUACAGAAGGACAGAAUAUGGUAAUGCAAUAAUAUAACAGUAUGUGUAGCGUGAUAUCGUCUUGUUUUCUCAUAGUAUUUGGUUUUAAUGCUAGCUUAAUACUGGAAAAUGCCCUGUUUUUGAGUUUUGUAUGUGCUGUAUGAAGAUUCACUUGCCCUGCUUUUCUUAAAUAAACAUUUCCUGAGGCUA